AUGUCUACCAAUAUCAGAGAAAUCAUUAAUGCCAUCAUCAAAGGUAUCCAAGAAAAUAAGAUCUUGGAGAUUUUCGAAAGUACUAUGUUAGUUGGAAAAGAUCAAAACAGAAAAGCUGAAGAAGCUUUUGUCAAUAAUGCUACCAUCCAUGAAGCUAAAGUUCUCAAAGUUUGGGUUGAUGGCAACAACACUACCUAUGAAAUGUAUAUGGAUUUUACUUAUGGUGGUCACAAUGUCAAGAAAACUCAAUGGGCUAUCCAAAAAUGGAACAACAAUGGUUUAGUUGUAAAGGAAGAGUUCUUUUGA